UGAUGAGUGAGUGGGCGAGAUUUCAGAUGUGAAGAGUGUUUUUUUCCCCUCCUCGAGGUGGACGAGCACCUUAAGACUCUCGGAUGGUUUCACGUUUUCUGCGUCAGCAUUUUUAAGAACGGCGCUUGUGAAAAUUUCGCUUUUCUAGAACUUUUUUCAGACUGACAUUUUCUCUUUUUACAGAAGGUUUUGAGUAAAACUAAAACGUGCCUUACCCGGAAGGCGCAUCUUUUCUACAGACGUUUUUUGAGGGGUCUGACUUGUUCCUUCCUCUUUUUCCUAGAGUUCCUGCAUCCUGAAACACACUUCGUCUAGAUUUACUUUGGUCAAAAAUCGAUCUGUCUCUUUCAGACAGUGGGUCGACACCGCUCUAGAACCCCUCUGUGCGUGGAGCACCUGAGCUGACUCUUGAAGUUUCCUUGGUGCUUGGACCCCGACAUUGUCACAGAUGUUUCCAGUGAAGCAGCCGUGGCUGUGUAAAGCCCUAGGUUGCUAUGACUGCUGUGUGCGGUGCCUUGGCGCCAUCCCGUACGCCAGCCUGGCUGCCACGCUGCUGUGCUAUGCGGGCGUGGCUCUGUUCUGUGCCGGCGGGCACCAGGCACUCACGCACACCGACACGCUCGUCCAGAUGCACUUCGCUCGCUCGCUGCAGGACUACGUGGUGCUGGCAGACUUUAUUAAAUACUUCCAGUAUGUAAUCUAUGGCCUGGCUUCCUUCUUCUGCCUGUUUGGGAUCCUGCUGCUGGCCGAGGGUUUCUACACCACCAGUGCUGUAAAGCAGACCUUCGGAGAGUUUCGUAGCACUCAGUGCAGCCGCUGCCUCAGCCUUACCUUAAUCAUUGUGACGUACGUGUUAGCUGUGAUCUGGCUGGUUGUUUUUGCCUUCGCUGGGAUCCCUGUCUACUUCCUGUCCAACAUGGCAUCAACAUGCCACACUGUCAACAUCCUGUCUGAGACGACCACCAGUCUGAACCAGCACGCCUGGGUCUGCAUGGACGCUCGCCAGUUCGGACUUCUUCCCUGGAAUGCCAUGCCAGGCAAAGUGUGUGGAAUGACCAUGGCCAACAUCUGCAAAACUCCAGAGUUCUAUGUGACAUAUGACUACUACAUUACUGCCUUUGCUGGUGCAGGAAUCACACUUCUCUCCCUGGUCCUCUAUAUCGUGCCGGCCACCUACAACUAUGCUGUCCUGAGGUUUCUGGGCAGGAAGGGGAUCCGUUGCUAGGCGCAGUGUUGCUAGGUGCAGCGUUGCCAGGCGCAGUGUUGCCAGGCAACACGUCUCUUCUCUGAUGCGCGCUGCUGUGCUUGCUGUUGCGUUGUCACAACGACCAGGCCUGUGGGGAAAUCGCUGAAGAGUCUCAUGAAGCCCUCCGUCUGGAAGACACACCCGCUCACACACCCCACUCACACACACACACUUACACACGCACAAACAAACAAACAAACAAACACAUGACCCCCAGGAAACAAGCAUAACAGCCGUGUAAUUUGAAAGGGAUUAGCACCUACUAAACAGAGUGAAUCAGCGUUAGAAACACAAACACAGGCCGCAAAGCAAAAGCGUAACGUUUACGUAUUUACGUAUUUCACCAAAUUGCCAGAAUUUACUACUAAAAGGCUAAUACAUAAAUAACAGCAUCAAAGAACAUCAUCUAGGACUGUAGAACAGUCACAGAAGCAUUCGGAUCAGGAAUGUAAUUAGCAUUUAUUUUAAUAUUUUUAACAACAAAUACAGUUAAAUAAAUACAAGUAAAAUGUGAUAAAUAAUAUAUUAUUUUACAUUGAUUCUUUAAUGUUAAAUACAGUUUAAAUGUGUCAACAUUGAAAUUUAUGUCAGGCAGUUAGUUGUGCUAUGCCCUGACUACAUGUGCUAAAUAACAUAAGAACAUUUAGUGAUGCAAAAUUGUAAUAAAAAAGAAAUUGGCAUGAUUUGGUGUUCGAAAUCUAUAAUAAGUGUCAGAAAGAUUUUAAAAAUAUUGAAGCUGACAAAAAAGGACUUUUAUUCUGACAUGCUAUUAAGAAAGUAUGAGCAAAAUAUUGCAUUAGAAAGAAGACUCUAAGGUUGUUUCUGAAACUAGAGGAAGCUCACUGGACUCCUUCCUGCCUUAAAGUCGUCUCUGAGUAGAAAGUAUUUCUUACAUUUCAGACACAGCCUAAGUGACCUUCACAGUACAAAGUCAAGGUCAGCAGAUUUUAACUAAUUAAAAAAUGAUUUAAUUUAAGUCAAAUAAAAAUGUCAGUUGGUUCGACCCCAGGAAAAGCACUGAAUAAAUAUUUAUUAAUAAAAUUAUUAUAACUUUGAUCACAGAGAAGAAGUCUGUAAAGAGAUCCAAGUCUAAAGACUAGUUUAUACUGUUGAAAUAACCUGUACAAUGUGGUUACAUGGGUGGUAAAAUUAAUUUUCCUGAUUAAAAUGAUAUAUUAAACAUAUUUAAAGGAUUCUUGCAGAUAUAGAAAUGCACCUUACAAUAUUUUUUUUAAUAUUAAUGUAUUUUUUCAUUUUUAAAUUUAAAGUGUUGCAUUAAAAAAAUCUAAAAUUGUAAUUUUGAAACCCCUUUUGUCCAUUUAUUUCACUCACAGUACUGGGAACAUUGAUGUUACCUUAUAGAUGCUGGAGAUACUGGAGUUAAUUAUGGCCACACCCAUACGCAUUCACAUCAUCAUCUUAAAAAAAAAAAACAUAAAGGAGUAUGGAAGGUUUAUUUGAAUGAGAAACAUUUAUGAUCUGUGAGCUUGAUGAACAUUUAGGGUUGAGGGCUCCUCAGGGUUCUCUAAUGACAUAAGUGCAUUAUCUUGGUCCUGGAAAAUGUACCUAUUGGAGAACUGAGGGCCUUUAUAACCUAGACCAGGUGUGUUAAGGUGGAGCUUAAUUGUGCAUGGUAGAUCAGCAGAACCCUUGCACCAAUCCUGGUGUCCUUGUUCUAGGUCAAAGCAUUUAGAACCCUUUUUGACUGCCUUAUUUUUAAGAUUACAGUGUUGUUUUGUUUUUAUAUUUGCUUUGAUCCUCAGCAUGACUGAUACACCAGUAGCACUUAGACUUAUACACAUCCAGCAGCGACACAGCCACGCAUUUACUGAAUGAUGUAGAGCUUUAAUCAGAUCUCAUUGGUAAACAUAAGCACAUAUUUAUGUACAUAAAUGAACAGAUAAAUAAACAAAUAUAGGCAUAAAAGAGAAGAAAAGCACAGUUUGAGGACUGAGUAAUGUAAUAGAUGAAGAAUGUGUUGAGGACUCACACUGAGGGUAUGUGUGUGUGUGUCUGUUUGUGGCUAUGUGUAAGAGGGGGGAGUGUUUGGGGGUGGAGCUGAUCUUCUGUUACCUCUUCAUCAUUUCAUCAGUGAUUUUCUCCUCCAUUCGUCCUUUCAUUAUCAUUCCAUCCUCUGAAGCGCUGAGUAACACACUACUGACAAACACACCUCUCUGUACUUUCUUUUUAUAUCUCUGUGUCCCUCUCUUUUUAUCUACAUCGUUUUUUUUCUCUUUUGGUUUUUUACUUUCUCUCAUCCCUUUUUCUUUUCCCUUUUUCUCUCUAUUCUAUUUAACGCUCCUUUUCUCUUUACUUCUGUAUUUUCUGUUUUUUUUCUCCUUAUGUAUUUUUUCUCUCUCCCUCUGUUCCAUAUCUUGCUUCUUCUGCGUUCCUUCUCUGUCCCUCUGUUCUCACCCUCCAUCUGUAUUGUUUUUGCUCUCCUUCUUUCACUUUUCCUCUGCUCGCUCUCUUUUUUUUCUUUCUCUUUCCUUCUGUACUAUUUUGUUCUCUCUCUUUUUUUUCUCUCUUUCCCUCUGUUGUUUUUUUCUCUGUCUCCCUAUUACAUAUUGUUUCUCCCUUUUCUGUUUCUCUCUUCAUAUUUCUUUCUGGGGCUCUAUUCAUUAUUUUCUCUCAGUCUCUUAAACUCAAACUCACACACACUCUCACUGAGACACACGCUGACACACACAUUGCUGCAUGUAGCUUCAUUAGCAGGUGUUCUCCUGCAGAGCGUCUGUUGGGAGAGUCUGUGGUGCAGAGUGCUGCUGAUGCUUUAAUAUGGCUGAUCUGAGGUAAAUGUAUUAAGCUUUAAAUAAACUGUAGGUUACACUGUGUCAAAGAGUCAGUUUGUUACUGAGUAUUAGCCCGAGGUACAUACAGACACCUGUACCUGUGUGUGUGUGUGUGUGUGUGUGUGUGUGUGUGUGUGUGUGUGUGUGUGUGUGUGUGUGUGUGUGUGUGUGUGUGUGUGUAACAAACCAUGACUGAUCAGUUCUGGCUGUUUGGAGAUUCUCUUCAACAAUGGUGCUACAAAAAAACAUUAACUCCUUCCUGUUCUACACAUUAAAAUAAAUAAAUAUACAUUUUAAUAAAUGGUGUAACACGUGCCAUAAUUAUGUGUUUCGAAUGUAUAAGCAUUUGUGUUGUGCUGCAUUUGUGCUGGCCUGGCCUGUCUAUAAUUACCUGUAUUAAACUUUAAUUUCCUAAAUAAAACUUCAUUGAUCAUUA